AGAUUUGAGGGUUUCUCUGUCCGCGCUUAUCGCGUCCUCCGGGCCGGCAUUGCCAGUGGCGAGGCGGCGCGCGCGGUGGAGGAGGCGAUGAUUCUCCUGGCAAGAAUUCGUCCUCCUCCACGCUUGCUUCAGCAGCAUCGAAGAAAUCUCUCGGCAAAAGCCCUAGCCAACGCAAACUUAGGGUUUAAGCGGGAUGUAGAUUUGGUCGAGCAGCAAGCGCUCGUCAAUCGGCAGGGCGAUCUCGUCCGGGCGCUCAAGGCGAGGAAGGCGCCAAAAGAGGAGAUCGAUGCCGCCGUCACGCUGCUCAAGGAUCUCAAAUUCAAGCUCCAGGAAUUCGAGGCCGCGUCACCGAAAGAGGAAGCGAGCCAGGAUGAGUCGAGCGGCACCUCCUCCCAGGCAAGUGGCAAGAGAUUUCGCGAGGCUGUCACGAAUGCGCUGGAGAGGAGGAUGUUUUUCACGAAUUCUUUCGGGAUUUACGGUGGUGUUGCCGGAUUGUUCGACUACGGUCCUCCCGGCUGCGCUGUGAAGGCCAACGUUUUGAGCUUCUGGCGCCAGCAUUUCGUCGUGAACGAUGAUCUUCUUGAAGUAGACUGCCCCUGCCUGACCCCUGAGGCUGUUCUACGGGCCUCUGGCCACGUUGAGAAGUUUACGGACUUGAUGGUCAGGGACGUCAAGGAGGGGCACUGCUUUAGAGCCGAUCAUGUCCUCAAGGAUUUCGUCAAGGAUGCUCUGGAAAAGGAUCCUCGCAUGCCAGCGGCGAAGCGGGACGACUAUACGCGAACUCUCGCGUCUCUGGACGACUUUAGUGUCGAGGAGCUUGGUGCGAAGAUUAAAGAGUAUGGCAUCCGGGCUCCAGACACAAAGAAUGACUUGUCCGAUCCGUUUCCUUUCAACUUAAUGUUUGGUACACCGAUUGGUCCCACUGGACUUCUUCAAGGGUACUUGAGGCCGGAGACUGCUCAGGGAAUUUUCGUCAACUUCAACGAGCUUUUGUAUUAUAAUGGUGGCAAGCUUCCUUUUGGCGCAGCUCAAAUUGGCCAGGCAUUUCGAAAUGAGAUUGCUCCUCGGCAAGGCUUGCUACGGGUUCGCGAGUUCACUCUCGCAGAGAUAGAGUUUUUCGUGGAUCCCGCGGACAAGUCACAUCCAAAGUUCGCAAGCGUUGCAGACCUUGAGUUUUUCCUCUAUCCAAGAGCAGAGCAAAUGAGCUUGAAGGAUCCAGUCAAGGUGCGCCUCGGGCACGCCGUGGCACAGAAAGUUAUCAACAAUGAGACGCUGGGCUACUACAUUGGACGAACAUACUUGUUCUUGACUGCUCUGGGCAUCAACAAGAACCGGCUUCGGUUUAGGCAGCACCUUGCCAACGAGAUGGCGCACUAUGCCGCGGAUUGCUGGGACGCUGAGAUUGAGUGCUCUUACGGAUGGAUAGAAUGUGUCGGUCUUGCGGAUAGAUCUGCUUACGACUUGAAAGCGCACUCGACAGCUAGCAAAAGCAACCUCGUGGCUUCACGGGAUUUACCCGAGCCUGUUGUCGUAGAGGAGUUUGCCGCUGUUCCAAACAGGAAGGAGAUUGGUGUUGCUUUCAAGGCAAACCAGAAGCUGGUGCUGGAAGCAUUACAGGAACUUAACAAUGAAGAGGCUCUGGAGAUGCAAAAGAAAUUGGAAUCCGAUGGCGAGGCACCACUUCACAUUUGCAAUGCCGACAAGACGUUCACCAUCAAGAAAGGGAUGGUUACUUUUAACAAACAGGUGACGAAGAAGAGCAAAGAGAAGUUCACGCCGUCUGUGAUCGAGCCUUCCUUCGGCAUUGGCCGCAUCAUCUACUGCCUCUUCGAGCACUGCUUCGACACGCGUGGCGGAGUCGACGGCCAGCUCAACGUCUUCCGUUUCCCUCCGCUGGUCGCCCCCGUCAAGUGCACGGUCUUUCCGCUGGUGCAAAACCCGAAGCUCGACGGGAUCGCUCGGGCCAUCUCUGCAAAGCUCAGAGAAGCGGGGAUCGGAAACAAGAUCGACACCACCGGCAGGUCCAUUGGCAGAAGAUAUGCUAGAACGGACGAGAUCGGCGUCCCGUUUGCGAUCACAGUGGACUCCGAGGAUGGGGUGACGGUGAGGGACAGGGACUCCAAGGAUCAGAUACGAGUUCCACUCGAGGAAGUCGUUGAUCUCAUCGCGGACAUGUCGGCUGGAAAAAGGAGCUGGAAAGAAGUCCAGGGAGUUUAUCCGGCUCACGUGGCCGCCAAGGCCUCGGAUGAAACCGACGAGUAAAAAGAAUUAAAGAGAGCGUGAAUGCAAUGCCACAGAAGGUCGAUCUUCCGAUGCUUAGAAAGAUCCGCAAUUGUUUAUAGAUGAUCCUGAGGAUGGAAGCGCUCCUACAAAAAGUUCCCCGGGCUGUAUGUGGACUCGAGGGACUCGUUCCAAGGAUGAGUUUUCAUGCAAGCCAUGCUCUUCCUCAAACAUCUUCAAAGUGAUGUUUUCUUUUUCUA